GGAUUUCCUGCUAGUCCAUGCUUGUCCCACCCCCCUCCUUAUUCGCUCGCAACUCAUCAUGAUCGAUUAUCUUCUAGGCAGGCCAAGUCCUUCAUGGAAGCGCACUCAGGUCUUUCUUGUCAUCAUCUUUUGGAUUUGGAGGCUCGUGCACGGCAGUCCCAAUGCUCCACGUCUUCUAUGGCUCAGAAAAGUCAACAGACGUUUACAGCAUUUCUCGCCUUGGCAAAUUAUCGUUAGUACAAUGACUGCAUUGUACGCUGCUCGGAAUUUGGACAAGAUUCUUGGUUUUGGAGCACCGGAACCUCUGGCUCGUUUGUACUCGCCCUCAUAUUACCGUGCAACAUGGAUUGCAAUUGGCCUUGAUGCUGGAUUUGCUACGGCCAUGUCCAUACGCCCUAAAUGGCUUAAAGAUAUCUGCUCUAUCUUAUUCUCCGUCUAUUAUAUCAUCUAUGCGAAUGAAGCUGAUGAAAAGAUCCGUAGGUUCAGAGCUGUUCCGACCGUCGAAAUGCUCAGAAUUACCUGGGAGAAGACGACCAACCCAUAUCUUCGUUUAAUUGCGCUGACCCCGCCAAUGUCUCUGUGUCGGAAAUUUUUGCUUCCGAGGCCUCCCACAUCGACAUACGACCGUCCUUUAAAGGUGCACGUCUACUUUGCGCCACCUGCACCCCAGCUUCAGCAAGCCACAGAUCUCAUACUUGAUUUCCCUGGUGGCGGAUUUGUCGCGAUGACCCCGGAGCAUCACGACGAGCGAUUGCGCUCGUGGGCGCUGCGAACGGGCAAACCAGUGCUCUCCGUCGACUACGGAAAGGCACCAGAAUAUCCAUACCCUUUCGCGAUUGAUGAAUGCUUCGAUGUUUAUCAAGCGAUCUGCACGUCUGCUGGACGAUGCAUUGGCAUGUCUGGUAAGAAGCUUAACAUUAUAUUGACCGGAGACUCUGCCGGAGCAACACUUGUUGUGGGCGUUAUGGUCAAAAUUUUACAGCACAACGCCACGCUUCCUGCUUCUACAGUACCUCUUCCCGCACCUGUCGCACUUGUCCUGAGCUAUGCCGCGCUAGACUUCAAUUUUACCUCUUGGAUGUCCCCUGAGAACCUCCAAGUCUUGCGCUCGGAGCAGUCCUCGGGCAAUCUUCCCGGUAUCCACGAGCUGGCAUCACAGAAAGAUCAUCUGCAACACGUCAGCCCACUCAGCAUGGUGGGGGACCGCAAACAUGGGUCCGGUAGACGGAAAUUACAUAGACGCAGGAGCUGGAAAGAUGCGCUCCUUGAUUUCACAGGGGUAGACGCUGACACGAAGCCGGUACCAGAACGGCACCAUUCGACCUUGGGAAUGAAGAAAAAGAGUUCCGUGGUAUCAUUUGGGACACGCGCUAGGAAAGACGGUGCACAAACCAAGCCAGCGCGGCACGACGAUAGUGGUUUUUGGGCGGGCUCCGAAAGCGAUGAAGAUGAGCCCAUGAGGGAGGAGGACCGGCCACUUGAGGAGCGCGUGCGCUAUGUGUACCCGGAAUGCGAUGGUGCACGUUUGCACCAGACGCUCGAGAAACAGCAAGAGCAACUCUCAGCGGCUGUGGCGGAGGCUGAUAUUAAAGCAUCGUCCAUCAAGGGCGGGGACAAGAAGCGGGAACCGAUUGGUACCCGAUUGACGAUGACUAGCCGCACAGGAUAUUUCCAGGACAGAGUCAUACCUCCGAGUAUGAUGCGCGCUAUGGCCAUCCUCUAUAUUGGUCCCCACCACAAUCCGGAUUUUGCCACUGAUUACUUCAUCUCGCCGAUCCUUACACCUUCGAAUCUCUUAGCGCAAUUCCCCCCUCUUUUGAUGCAAUGCGGUGAAAAGGAUCCGUUCGUGGACGACACGGUCAUUUUUGCGGGACGUGUCCGUGAGGCCAAACGUGCGCGUAAAAUUGAACUCGAACUUGCACUUUCUGGCAAGAGCGCCCGGUUUGGGGAAAUGCUCCAAAUGAGCACCGCGCACUUUGAGAAUACAGAGGGGAUUGAGAAGUUGAGGAAAGAGAGGGACCAACUUGCUAAAGAAACUGAGGACGACUGGGUGCAGAUGGUGCUAUUCUCUGAUUGGAGCCACGGGUACCUGCAGAUGAUGUCCCUUAUGAGCGAGGCACGGGCUGUGGUUGAGGACCUGGCCGACUGGAUGGAUGAUGCGUUUGUGAGGUACAGUGGUAAAGAGAGCAGCAGCUCUAGGGCCGAGCUGAAACUUGUUGAUACUCCUGGAACGAAGAAGACCCGGUCACGCAGGAAUUCGCCGCAAUCGUCGUCUCACUCGCCGAAACGCGUCAAUGGGGAUGCGGAUGCCGUGAAUGGGAAGGAUGGUAGUCCCAGCCCGUUUACAUCUGAAACGGAGACGGAGGACUCGGGCAUUACGUUUGUGGCUCGCAAGCGGCUUACUAUGACGCAGGGGAGCUCAGUGAAUUCGACGCCUCCGAUGAAUUCGCGGAGGGGCUCUGGGGAGCUUACUGAGACGGUGUUGCAAACACUGAAGACGGGGCAGAAGCAAACUGAAACGGUCACGACGACGCCUCAGAGCAGUACGCCUCGUGGAGGGAACGUGAAGAUAGGACAAAGGAUCACGGAGUCUGAAUUAAUGAGGCGGAGGAGGUUGUUGGAUGCACAUAUAUUUGAAGGACAAGGUAGUUCGUGAGGGUUGCACGUUCUACAAAGUGAGUGAAAUGUACACUGGAUAUAGUAAUAUAAUGUAUUGUAGCUAUAGUUAGUAGUGUGUAGUUGGAUACGAUUCGCACCGAAAAGUCUGACUCGUCCUAGUAUGAGAAUACACGAUGCGGUUACCGUACCCAUCAAAAGUCUGGAUUCUAAAUAUGGUACACGGUGGGAGGUCAUGGACGUACAUGGGAACUAACAACGUGAAGAUGGAUCUGAUGGCCAGAGAGACUUUAGUUUGAUGCAGUGACCGGGAGUUACGGAUUUUGUGGAAGAUCGGAAGUUGGUUAAGGAAAAGAUAGGAAUAGGCUAAAAGCUGUAUGGUA